AUGAAGGGCUUCAGACAGCGCGUGCAUGACCAGCUCUCGCGUGCAAAGGACCGAGAUGGCAACAAGCUCGCCAAGAAGAAGGACUCCUCCUCAGGAACGGCCUCACCAGCUGGCCAGUCGCCCGCCGGCUCGCAACACGCUACACCGACUUCCUCCACCAGCAACCUCGUCGAUCAGCGGAACAAGCCCCUCCCCACCGAUGGACCCACGCAGUCGCAUCCUGGCGCUCCAAUGCCCGGCACAGCUAACAACAUGAACGCCAGCAACAACACCGCCGGUCCGCAGUCAGGGAGCUUCGCACAACACGGCGCCAGCUUCAAUGGGCAGCAGUCACCCGGCGGACUCAACUCACAGGGACCGUCGACACCCGGUAGACUCGGGGCCCUCCCUCCCAGUGUGGUAAUCUCGCCGAGCGCUCCGCACGUGCCACCUCCCGGCGCCGCCGAGACAAUGCCGCAAGACCUCGCGCCCCCCAAGGCUGGCCAGAAGAGCUUGCUCUUCGAUCGCCUGCAGGCCACGCCCAAAGCCGACACAGUACCAGAAGGAGUUAGAACCCCUAAGCGACAGCAUUCGUCACGCUUCGACAUCUCAGAUCAGCGACAACGCGAGCUCGAAAAGCUGCCCGGUUUCCACGAGGUGCCGCCUAACAGACGGGCUGAGCUGUUCAUGCAAAAGCUGGAUCAGUGCAACAUCAUAUUCGACUUCAACGACGCGUCGGGUGACAUGAAGUCGAAAGAGAUCAAGCGUCUGGCGCUACACGAGCUGCUGGACUACGUCGCGCAGAACCGACAAGUCAUCUCAGAACCCAUGUACCCUCGUGUGGUCGAGAUGUUUGCAAAGAACUUGUUCAGACCGAUUCCACCACCGAUGAACCCACAAGGCGAAGCUUUCGAUCCCGAGGAAGACGAGCCGGUGUUGGAAGUCGCCUGGCCACACAUCCAAGUCGUCUACGAGUUCUUCCUACGCUUCAUCGAGAGCCAGGACUUCAACACCAACUAUGCGAAGCAGUACAUCGAUCAUCAGUUCGUGUUGCAGCUACUUGAGCUGUUCGACUCGGAAGAUCCGCGAGAACGGGACUUCCUCAAGACCACCCUACACAGGAUUUACGGAAAGUUCCUGAACUUGCGAUCUUACAUCAGAAGGAGCAUCAACAACGUCUUCUUCCAAUUCAUCUACGAAACAGAGCGUUUCAACGGCAUCGCUGAACUGCUAGAGAUAUUGGGUUCUAUCAUCAACGGCUUUGCACUACCGCUCAAAGAGGAGCACAAGUUGUUCCUCACCAGAGUGCUGAUACCCUUGCACAAAGUCAAGAGUCUCAGCAUGUACCAUCCCCAGCUGGCGUAUUGUAUUGUUCAAUUCUUGGAGAAAGAUGCGGCGCUUACGGAAGAGGUUGUUCUGGGACUGUUGCGAUACUGGCCAAAGGUCAACAGCACGAAGGAGGUCAUGUUCUUGAACGAGGUCGAGGACAUCUUCGAGGUCAUGGAUCCGGCAGAGUUUGCCAAGGUGCAGGAACCUUUGUUCAACCAGCUGGCGAAGAGUGUCGCAAGUCCGCACUUCCAGGUUGCCGAGCGAGCGUUGUACUUUUGGAACAACGAGUACUUCUGUAACCUUGUCAGUGACAACGUCGACGUGAUCUUGCCGAUUAUGUUUGCGCCGCUGUACGAGAAUUCGAAGGGACACUGGAACAGAACUAUCCACGGCAUGGUGUACAAUGCGAUGAAGCUUUUCAUGGAAGUAAACCCACAGCUGUUUGACGAAUGCUCGCACGAAUACACAGAGCAGCAGAACAACCUCGAGGCAGUCAAGGCCAACCGACAAGCCAAGUGGGACCGACUCAGUCAAUUGGCUGAGCAGAUGAAGCAAAACGGCCACGCACCCGCCGUGAGGCCACCACAAGGAAACUUUGGCAACUCAAGCAAAAGUCCAACGCGCACAGACGACGGAGAUCCGAUUUCGAUGAACCGGCUACGAAUAGACGACGAGCGAAGGGCGGAAACACAGAGGCAUGCCAAUUCGGUACGUGGAUGA